AUGGAGGCUAACGCAGACAAAGAAGACGAACCCACACCUGGGUAUGUGUACACGUAUCCACAGCCCACAGACUUCCCGGAUAUGCAGGAAAUGGCGAUCAAGGAUUGCAGCUUGUUGCUGGCGACUUCGAGCGAAUUUCGAAGAGAGUUGUUUGCAAAAGCCGCAAUUCCUUUUGGGGCUUUUUCUGCCCCUUUCGAUGAAAACGACGUGCAAACAUGGCUCGAAGCGCAACACCCUGAAAUGGGUGCAGAUUCGCGUACAUUACUUAUAGCCCAUAUGAAGGCGGAUGCUGCAGUGCAUGCUCUUCGAGCGCAGGAUUCGCAGCAUCUGCAGCAACUGAGGUUCCAGAACCAGAUCCUGAACAUACCAGCAGUGGAGCGUCUGCGCCUUUUGCAAAGAGCAGAAACAGCAGCGCGGCACAACGGACGAGCUGCAGCAGCAGUUGCACAGCUGGCAUCUUUCUCAAAUUCUUGUAUGGCAGUGGAGGCAGCAGAUGGCCGCGCGCCUGUACUGGUAGCGGUGGACACGGGUAUUGAGUUUGGCGGACGCGUGCUGUUCAAGCCCAAAGAUAAGGAGGAAGCUGCACGCUUUCUCAAGGGCUACUCUGACUCCGACGAACCCAUCGUUGUUACCACAAGUUUUGUUCUUGUAGACCUCGUCAGCGAACUCGAACGCCCCCCGUGGGACCCCAACGCCCCUGUUCCCGCAAAACAGCAGUUCCCGCACAAGUGCAAAGCCUGCGGCAGAUUUCAGCACCUGCAACCUACAGAUGAUGCAGACCCUUGUACCUGUCCUUUGACAGUUAUUCAUGCAGCAGACAUUAUGUUAGAUCCACGGGGGCCCACAGGGUACCAUUGUGACACUCGCGAGGUGCUCAGUGUCAAGUCCCAGGUGAACUUCAAGAAAAUGAACGAAGAAGCUCGUCGGCGCAUUUUAGAAGAAGGCGAAGUCAUGUACUCGGCAGGAGCUGUUUUAGUUGAAAGGGGGGAAAUGUCUAAAUACCUCAAGUCAAUUUCAGGAUGCCCACACAACGUAAUUGGCGUCCCCAUGACUCGGGUGGAGCGCCACCUUUCUCUACUCAUUGAAAGAAUGGCAAACCGCUAA